CUAAGGGCUGCAGCCGACAGUUCGCGCAUGCGCCCAGAUCACACACGACGUACUUGGUACGUUCCCCUUUUCCUUUCAAGUGCAGACAGACACAGACGCCAUUAGGAGCACUCAUCGCCGACUCGCCAGACAAUCCAGCCUCGCAGUGCCUGUGACUGCAGAGCUGCUCACCUUGUAGCAGAUGCGAGAUUGUGUGUCACUGAUGAUCCACCACAAGUUGCAUCUGUGAUCCCUACAUGCUGAGCUCUGUGUUUAGCCGUGCUGCAUGAUCCUUAUUAAAGUUUCGCCAACAUCCAGACUCUCGAGGUGUUCUUACCGACACACCGGGGCGGUCCCAUGAUACUCCGGCCCAGCCCUUACAGUCCAUAAACAGUCACUCGUCUAAACAGUGGUCCUUCGAGCCGGAUUUCGUGAGGCUGCCUUGGAUUUACGCCUAUGUGAUGCAGCCUCCUCGACCUGGUGAGGAGAUUCCUGCAGCUUCUACACGCCCUAAGCGUCAGUCUCACCUGCCUGCUUACCUGAGAGAUUAUGAGGUCCGAGCAGCAGGUUGGGAACCGAUAGAGCCACCCCCGGCACCACAUGCAGCACAGCAUACACAGGGUUCAGAGGACUGGACUCCCAACGUGGCCGCGGCAGAAGUGGGAAGGAGGACGGUGCAGGCAUCCCGCCCCACCAGCGCCAGCCCUAUCAGCCAGUAUGCCGAGUCUACAGCGGAGGAGUGGAGCCCCGUGGGGGGACGACGAUCCGCCGCGACACCUACACUUGAGGAGAACGCAUGGUACCCUUCCCGGUCCAGUGCACAGCUGAUCGGUCCCGCUGGGAGCAACCAGACAUCUCCUUCUGCCUUCUAUAGACCGUGGGAGGGCCCUGAUCAGCAGGAGGCACAGUCAGUGCCUCAUGAUGGACAUGUUGGGUUAUAUAGACAGUCUGUGUCUCAUAGUGAUAAGUUGCAGUUGAGUGCUUAUGAUGAUGAGAAUGUUAUUUCCUUCUGUCAGCCCCCCGGUGGUGCCUCCCAUGACCCGCAGCCCAAGUCUGCUUGGAAAUCGCAUGCAGAACCAGUGCUACGACCACAGCCUCUGAGGUUUAGACCGCCUGCGCCUCAGGCUAGUCAUUAUCCUCAGGGCCCUGGUGAGCACCCCACCUCCGCACGAGAACAAGACCUGAUGGACUCCAUCAACCGCAUGAUGCGGGAGCUACAACUCAUCAAGGAUCAAGCAGAGGGCCGCGUGCUGAGGAAUCCACAGGUGGGUCAACAAUAUCCAGGUGAGCAGCCACACCAUGAGCUACCUCCACCCCAGUAUCAGCUGAGUGAUUAUUUUCCUCAGCCAUCUUCAUUCAGUCAGGCCUACAUUCAGGGUUACCUGCACCAACCGGUUCCCGGCUGGACUUCAACCAGACUUGCCGAACCACCGAGCUUAGCUACCCGCAAGCCGUCGAGCACACCCUCAGGCCCUCAGGUGAGGUAUGAGCCACACCCUAUGGCGCACGUUGCACCAGUACACCAACCCCCCGCCUUCCUUAGAGAGAGAACAUACCGGGGACCCGUUCCAACCAUUCCCGACUUCGCCAAAGGAGACCCUAGUGAAUUCACCCGUCUCAAGAUCGCUUUGGAGAACCUUCUACCUCCUGACGCCACCAAGCUGUUCUGUUACCAAAUUCUCCUGGACCACCUCAAACUAGAGGAGGUUCGCCUUGUAGCUGAUGCCUAUUUGAAUUCAUCUACACCUUAUUCGGACACGAUGGCUGCCUUGACCGACAGAUUUGGUCAACUGCAUAAGUUGGCCUUGAAGAAGAUCGCCACGGUGAUGAACGCUCCAGACAUCCGACGAGGAGAUUCCCAAGCCUUUCAGAAGUUUGCUUUACAAGUGAGAGCCUUGGUGGGAAUGCCCCAGACCCUUGGACGUGAAGGCAUAGCAGAGCUCCAGUGCGGGUCCCACGUCGAGCGGCUCUUGAGUAAACUUCCCUCUGACCUGCGAUCAGAAUUUCGGAGAUGUACGUUCCGUCGAUCAGGAGUUGGGUACAAUCUCACCGACUUCUCCGAUUGGCUGCAAUAUGAGGCGUGGUGCCAGGAUAGUGAGAGCCAUGCUAGCUUCCAGGACCCUCGGCCCGAUGGGAAACGGCGCUCGGAUCAGCGGCAUGACACCAAGAAUCCUCGUCCAGCCACGAUCUUGCAUGGGGUCGAGGUUACUCCUGACCAGCAGCCAGUAGAACCACCCCAGUUGAAACCUGAUCCACCAGGUAAGAAAAGGAACAAGCACGCGUACUGCCCAUAUUGUGAGUGUGAGGAUCAUUUCCUGAGCCAGUGCGACACCUUUAACACUACAAGUCCCCAGGAUUUCGACCUCCCCCCUCAAGUCCUGAAAGAGGGUCAAAAGACCCUUAGUCCAAACUGACGACUCUGAUGGCUCCAAUUAGCAUCCCUUCAAUUGUAAAUGUUGCCAUUGCCUGAGGAAUCAGCAGGGGGGGAGGAGAGCGAACUCACAAAAGCAUUUCACACUUCUGUACCGUCAGGCCAAAAGGUAGGAGUGUGAAUAGUCCAUGUUGGGGUUGGGUGGGAUCUUUGAUGGAGGCAGCUCUACAGUAGACUCUCCUGUAGGUAAUGCUCUGCAGAGAGGGUUGUACAUAUAGUUUGCAAAACAUACAAUCUGUUUCAAGAAAUAUGCAAAGGUUUUUCUAAAAGAAAUUAGUAAUGUUUUUCUUUUAAAAAAAGAUAAGUGGGUUCAAAAUGACAGUUUAGAAAUAAACUAACCAAAUUAAUUGUGUUGAUCCACCUCAAAAAAA